GGUGUUUUCCCAGCAUCACAGAUUCUGGAAAAUCUGUCUUUUGGGAAAGAGCCUGGGGUGAAUCGGAGUGUGAAAUGGACAAAAGCCCCCUGGUGAAACGUCCCCAAGCACCUUUCUUGCCCCAACAGGGCUGCAGAAGAUCCACCCAGGGAAGGGAAAUGACAGCAGCGGAUGCGGUGCAGCUCGGGGAUUUUCAGCAAGGUUUUGCUAGAGAAGAAGGGGUGGAAAAUACAGACAUCCAGGGGCCAGUGAGCUUCGAGGAGGUGGCUGUGUAUUUCACCCAGGGUCAGGGGGCUCUGCUGGACCCCGCUCAGAGAGCCCUCUACGGGGACGUCAUGCAGGAGAACUACGAGACGGUGACCUCGCUGGGAUUCCCCCUUCCCAAACCUGAGCUGAUCGCCCGGCUGGAGCGCGGGGAAGAGCCGUGGGUCCCGGAUCUCCAGGCCUGCGAGGGAAGGGAGAGCCCGAGAGGUGCCUGCACAGCAGGUGAUGGGAUGGUGAGUGAAAACACAGAGGAGAAUCUGCAGCAGGAAGGUCCUGAGCAAAUGGAACCACGUGGGAUGUUAUUGGAAAGAUCUGAAGGGAGUUUUUCCCAGAGGCAUGAGCGGCAAAAAGCCUGGGGAAAUGGGCACAGGCCAGAGAGGCAGCUGGGAACCCAUCCAGGGCAGAAAGUGGGUAAAUCCACUGAUCAUGAGGGAGUUUGCAAAGACCCCAAGGAAACCAGAGCCCAGCAGAGAAUCCCAUCAGGAGUGAGAGACAACACAUGCGCCGAGUGCGGGAAAAGCUUCCAUCGGAGCUCAAACCUUAUUUCACAUCAGAGACUCCACACUGGAGACAGGCCUUUUAAAUGCCUUGAGUGUGGGAGAUGUUUUAAUCAGCGAGAGCACCUCGUUAGGCAUCAGAGGCUCCACACGGGAGAAAAGCCCUAUAAAUGCCUGGAGUGCGGGAAAAGCUUCAUUCAGAGCUCACAGCUUAUUACACACCAAAGAGUCCACACAGGCGAGCGACCCUACAAGUGCCCGGAAUGUGGGAAAAUGUUUAGUGAUGGCUCCGCCUUUAUUAACCAUCAGAGAAUCCACACGGGAGUUAAACCCCACAAAUGCCUCGACUGUGGGAAAAGCUUCAAUCGGAGCUCAACCCUAGUUAGACACCAGAGAACCCACACAGGAGAGAGACCCUUUAUAUGCCUGGAGUGCGGGAAAAAGUUUAGUGACAGUUCAGCCCUCAUUGGGCAUCAGAGACUCCACACUGGGGAUAAACCCUUUAAAUGCUCUGACUGUGGGAAAAGUUUCUUUCAACUCUCACGGCUCCUGGCACAUCAGAGAAUCCACACGGGCGAGAACCCCUAUAAAUGCCUCGAGUGUGGGAAAAGGUUUAAUGACAACUCAAACCUUAUUACACACCAGGUUAUCCACACCGGAGAGAGACCCUACAAAUGCCUGGACUGUGGGAAAAGCUUCAGUCGCAGCUCGCAUCUUAUUACGCAUCACAGAACCCACACUGGAGAGAGACCCUAUAAAUGCCUGGACUGUGGGAAAAGCUUCAAUCAGAGCUCAAACCUAAUUACACAUCAAAGACUCCAUAGAAGAAAGAAACCGUCGGGCGACAGGAUGGUGAGAGAGGAUGAGGAAGAGAAUCCACGGCAGGCAGGCUGUGAGGAGCCAAAACCCCAUGGGGCAUCAUCCAGAUGCUCCAAAGAAGACAUUGCAUUAAGCCUCCAGCAGGAAAAAGCCUCUGAGAGUCAGCACAGGGCAGAAAGGCAGCAGGGAAAGCAGCCAGGGAAGAAAGGGUGUCAAGCCAUUAGUUCUAGUAGAGGUGGAAAGGACAUCCGGGAAACCUCAAUGCAGCAGAGAACCCAUACAAGAGGGAAAAAAACCCCAUCCACCGAAUGUGAGAAAAGAUUCCACAUGAGCAAACAGCUUGGUAGAUCUCAGACCCUGCACCCGGGAGAGAAGCCAUAUAAAUGCCAGGAGUGCGGGAAGAGUUUCAAUCAGAGCUCCAACCUUAUUCUGCACCAACGAACGCACACGGGGGAGAGGCCCUACAAAUGCCUCGACUGCGGGAAAAGUUUCAAUCGGAGCUCGAGCCUCGUCGUGCAUCAGAGAAUCCACACGGGAGACAAACCCCACAAAUGCACCAAGUGCGGGAAGAGUUUCAUUCAGAGCUCCAAUCUGACGACACACCAAAAAAUCCACACAGGAGAAAAAAACUGUCAGUGCCCAGAGUGUGGGAAAAUGUUCAGCGACAACUCAGCCCUGAUUAAGCACCGAAGAAUCCAUUCGGGACAGAAACCCUAUAAAUGCCCGGAAUGCGGGAAAGGGUUUAGUGACAGCUCAACCUGUAUCCGACACCAGAGAACCCACACGGGAGAGAGACCCUACAAGUGCCUGGACUGUGGGAAAAGCUUCAAUCUGAGUUCCAACCUAGUUACGCACCGGAGAAUCCACACGGGGGAAAGACCCUAUAAAUGCCUCGACUGUGGGAGAAGCUUUAGUCAGAACUCGCAUCUGAUUAAACAUCAGAAAGGGCUGACUGGAGAGAGAAAAAACACGUGCACUGAAUGUGGGAGAACCUUCAAUCGGAGCUCAAACCUGAUUUCUCAUCGGAGAACCCACACGGGAGAGAAACCCUAUAAAUGUACGGAGUGUGGGAAGAGCUUCAGUCAAACCUCCAAUCUGAUUUCUCAUCGGAGAAUCCACACUGGAGAGAGACCCUAUAAGUGUAUCGAGUGUGGGAAAAGCUUCAAUCAGAGCUCCAACCUUAUUACGCAUCAAAGACUCCACACGGGAGACCGACCCUACAAAUGCCCCGACUGUGGGGAAAACUUUAAUCAGAGCUCAGAUCUUAUGACGCACCAGAGACUGCACACAGGAGAGAGGCCCUACACGUGCACGGACUGUGGGAAAAGUUUCAUUUGCCGCUCAAACCUCAUUUCGCAUCAGAGAAUCCACACGAGAGAGAGACCCUAUAAAUGCUUAGACUGCGGGGAAAGUUUUGACUGGAGCUCACAGCUUAUUAAGCAUCAGAUCUUCCAUACGGGAGAGAAGCCAUAUAAAUGUUUGGACUGUGGGAAAAGUUUCAGUGACAGCUCCACCCUUAUUUCGCACCGGAGAAUCCACACGGGGGAGAGACCCUAUAAAUGCCUUGACUGUGGGAAAAGCUUCCACCAGAACUCAACCCUUAUUAGGCACAGAAGAACCCACACUGGAGAGAAACCCUAUAAAUGCCUCGACUGUGGGAAACGUUUCAAUCAGAGUUCAAACCUUACCACGCAUCAGAGACUUCACAUGGCCCAGAAACCUUGAAUGUGGGAGCAGCUUAGGGUGACCAGAUGUCCUAAUUUUAUAGGCACAGUCAUGAUAUAUGGGGCUUUGUCUUAUAUAGGUGCCUAUUAACCCCUCUACCUGUGUCCCAAUUUUUCACACUUGCUAUCUUGUCACCCUAGAGCAGCUAUAACUUGGGAUCUGAUUGUGCCAGCCAUCAGCAAAUCCAUACAGGGAAAAUACCUCUUAAAUGUCCUUACCAUGGAAAAUCCUUCAGAGUUAACGGAAUUGUCUACACUGCAGAGCCUUGGCUGGUAUAUCUCCACUGGCAGAGUGUCCUAGUGGAGAUGCAGCUUAAGCCAACAGAAGGAGAUCUGCUGAAAUGGCUAAAUCACCUCCUGGAAGGACGUUUGCUAAGCCCACAGAAGCACUAGCUGUGCUUACACUGGGAUUUUUUGCCAAGAUAACUAGGCUGUCUAGGGGUGUAUGAUUUUGUCACACUGCUCGCCAACACAGAUCCAUCCAUGGCUAUUCGCCAGGACGGGCAGGGAUGGUGUCCCUAGCCUCUGUUUGCCAGAAGCUGGGAAUGGG